UGUUCCGGUUGUUUAUUUUUAUGGAGCCAAAUAAGCGUGUGAUAAUCGUCACUCUAUCCUUUCGUUUUCAUACGGAAACCCUCCUUAUCUUUCAAAUCAGAAUAGAUAAGAAUCUACUAAACAAUGUCCUUUUAAAGCCUUGGCACGUUUUUCACUGACUUCCGCCCGGCAAUCGUGCUUUAUCGACUCCUGGUUUUCUGUUGAAUGAACACACAGUCGCUCCAGAUCCGUAAACACGCCGACGUCCCAUGCCGGGUUUUUACGACAACAUUUUUUUUGUAAUCCACCUCCACUUUAUUGCAUUGGGGGGAAAAACCAACCGAUAUGCAGCUGAUGGUCCGAGGAGCGGCGAUAAACCAAGACUGACGGCAGGCUGCGGUACUCUGUAACAGCGUGAUUUUUUUCCCAUAAGAGGGUAAAGGGAUGGAGGAUUUUAAACUGACUUUGGGAUUUUUUUGACUGAACGGGAAACAUCGUUAAUUGCUGUUUCUUGGAUCUGGUUAUACCUGGGGGGAUUUACUAUUAUUUUUUAUAUUCAAGAUGCCAUUCGCAAAAAGGAUCGUGGAGCCUCCGUUGCUGUGCAGGCACCCAAUCCCUAAUGAUGACGGCUUGAUUUUCGAGGAUCUGUGCUCCAUCAACAGCGUUGCUCUUUCGCGGACCUUGAGGCAGCUCUCGGACCUGGCCAGGCACGCGUGCUCCCUCUUCCAGGAGCUGGAGACCGAGCUCAUAUCCACGAACCAGAGAGUUUGGGUCCUGCAAAACAAAAUCGCACGAAUCCAGCAAACAGCGAACGGACUGGACCCCAAACAGGAGGCAGUGCCUGUGUCCAAUCUAGAUGUGGAGAGCAAGCUCACAGUUCACUACCAGGCCCCGAGGCAGCUGCAGCGCAACGUGUUACACGCAUCCAGCCGGCCGCCAUGCGUGCAGGAGCUGCACAGGAACGCCAGGCUGCUGCUGAGGGCUCUCCAUCGAGAUCAACAGCUACAUCAGAGGGCAGGGACCCAAGAGCGAAGGGUGACCAUAUCCAUUUCAGUAGCCCCCCCGAUGCCCACCUUCCCUUCGCCGCGCACCCUGAGGAGGCGGGAGCAGAGGGGCAGGCACCUCCGGACGCAGGGGAGACCAGGGAGAGAUUUUGAGUAUCAGCACGUUCUGAGGAAGGAGAAACCCAUAAGCGAAUUUCAGCCAGUCCAGAAGACUGUCCCACCCGCAGAUCCUGCUGUUGCCAUGGCGGCUCUCGGUCACAGGCCUAGAUGUCCGGUUACCAACAUUCCCUCCACACUGGACAAGCAGACCAACUGGUCAAGAGCUCAUCCUCUUCCCACACCAGACGAGCGGAUGAAGACUGACUCCCAAGUCAUCUCCUCGUACAUUGUUCCCAUUAACGUCUCUGGGGUCGGGUUUGACAGAGAGGCCAGUGUCCGGUGCUCGCUUGUUCAUUCUCAGUCAGUACUUCAAAGGCGACGAAAGCUGAGAAGACGGAAAACCAUAUCUGGCAUCCCCAGACGAGUGCAACAAGAAGACUCUGACGAGUCUCCAGUAGCAAGAGAACGGACUGUGAUCGUACACAAUAACCCUGACAUCUCAUUGUGCCGUGAAGAGCUCUCCAUCACCGGCCGCCUGAAUACAAAGGACUCCGGCUGCCAGACAGACGAUUUCUUAAUUGCUGCACCUUCACGGAGGCGGAUUCGUGCCCAGAGGGGCCAGGGCAUUCCUACCUCCCUCUCCCAUUCCACUGGGAAUAUCACCUCCCUGCCAGACGGCUCUGAUAGCAUGUUUACAGCCACUAUGGGGAACCGCCUGCGCUCUCGCAGCCUGCCUCGGGAGGGUGGCCGCCUUGUGGAUGAGAACCAUGAUGACAGCGAUGACGAAGAGCUCUCUCCUUAUGAAGCCGAGGAAUUUCUGCCAGGGCCCAGGGAAAGGAUUUUGAAGGAUGAAGAAGAAAGCAUCGAGGACCAGGUCAUGCCAGAACAUCAGUUGGUCAGCCUAAAUUACAACCAACGCAGGGGAAGCCCGGAGCACACGUGGGUCGAGAGGGGUAGAUCACGACUUCCACGUAAAUUUGACAUGGGGAGUUGUGAGAUUUCUUCAAGCUCAGACACCUUCAGUAGUCCGAUUCACUCCAUCUCUACAACUGGAGUGCUAGGCAGCCAGAUAGACCACAAGGAGGACCACCAGUCCUCCAGUGGUAACUGGAGUGGAAGCAGCUCCACAUGUCCUUCCCAGACAUCAGAGACCAUCCCCCCUGCUGCAUCACCUCCCCUGACUGGAUCUUCACACUGUGAUUCAGAGCUGUCACUCAACACAGCUCCUAAUGCCAAUGAUGACCCCACUGGCUUUAUAAUUGACCCUUACCAACUAGACCGACCACAGAUUAGAGGCUACAGGGCCAGUUCCUUUACCUCCACAGCAACUGAACUGUUGGAUGACCCAAGCACCAGCACUGCUAGUGAUUGUGAGUGGAACUACCCACAUCUUCAGUACGAUAAGUCUAGUCGGUUGGAUUUCAGUCCCCCUCGCUCCAGGGAAGAACAGAGCAGCUUGGAUUGUCCUAGUUUCACAAGUAUGGCUACUUAUGAGAGUUUCGUGGACAAACCACCAACAGAAAAGGCAGACUCAAGUUCGCACUACUCCAUAGACACAGAAAGCUGUUAUACCUCCAUGCACUUUGACUGUGGUCUUCAAGGUAACAGGAGCUAUAUUCAUAACUAUGCAGCUGUAGGUUCUGAAUGUGGCCGAGGCAUAACUGUUGCAUCUAGCAUGGACAAAUACUGUCAGCCAGAGUACAGCGGUCACAGAACUUUAGGAAGGCGCUGUCUUUCCUUAAAAAAACCAAAGGUGAAGCCAUCCCCACCAAAACGUAGUUCGUCACUGAAGGAAAUAAGCUGUAGUGCGAAUGCUCCUGACACAAAUGAACCAAAGAUAAACAGCGGACAGCAUCUGCCAUUGUCUUCCAGGGAAAUGAAGCUGCAGCUAGACUUGACUAGCUCUCCAGGCCAGUCAGAGAACCCAAUGGUAAGCGAACCAGCAGUAACUUGGGCUAUGGAGAACUCUGGCGAGAUGACUGACUGCACUCCGUUCAGCGCUGCGGACACGCACUCUUUUAAGGAUGAGGGUGCUGUCCAGUCGGACUAUGCAGAUCUCUGGCUCCUCAAUGACUUGAAAUCCAGUGAUCCCUACCGAUCACUAUCCAACUCCAGCAGUGCUACGGGUACAACUGUCAUUGAAUGCAUCAAGUCAGUGGAGAGCUCAGAGUCGCAGAACUCCCAGUCAGAAUCCAGAGCCACCACACCUUCUCUUCCUUCUGUAGAAAAUGACUUCAAGCUUGCCUCCCCGGAAAAGCUAGCAGGCUUGGCAUCACCCUCCAGUGGGUACUCCAGCCAGUCAGAAACACCAACGUCCUCCUUUCCUUCAGCUUUCUUUCCUGGGCCCUUAUCCCCAACCACUGGCAAGAGGAAACCCAAAGUCCCAGAGAGAAAGUCCUCCCUUUGUUCCCUGCACCAACAGUUCUCCUCCCGAGAUGGAAGCACCUACUCCAGGAGAGACCUUGAGCUGCCAAUCAUACCUCCAACCCAUCUCGACCUAAGUGCUCUUCACAAUGUUCCCAGCAAAUCUUUAGCUCACAGAAACCAGAUCCACAUUCUUCACCAGAACAAACAAAAGGCAGCAGCAGCGGCGGCGGCAGCAGCGGCGGCAGCAGCUGAGAUGAGAGCAGCACAGGUAGCACAGGCUGGUAUUAAUAACUCUGAAGUCCCCAGCUCAGCUUCUGUGGCCAUCACUCCUAUUGAACUUCAUUCUAUCCAGUUGCGAUCCAUCAUCAAGUCCAGUGAACAAUCCCUGGACCAAAUGAAUCCUAAUACAGCUACCUGGCCCAAGUGCCCAACAUCAGUCACCCAAGUCUCCCACCAGACGCCAGAAUCCAGUAAACUUGCAGUUGUUAAAUCGAACGAUCCCUUUUCUCAGGAGUACUGCCAAACACUGUUUACCCCAGAUGAUGAACCCACUAUAAGGGAUGUAGCAUAUCAUGAAAGUAUGGGACACAAGCAAGACAGAAAUGUCCCGGGACCGUUCUGGGCUAUGACGCCGUUUAGAAUCCCAUCUGAUACAGCAUUCAGAGAGCACGAAUCCACACUGGUACCAAGGUUCCAACCCAGGAUUCACAAGCCUACAGAUGCUUGGAGAGGCACAGACAAUGAAGGGGUGUCUGAGAGUGCAGCAUGCCUCCAGGAAGUUGAAGAACAAGAGGGAAAUGCUUUUAGCACUUACUUUCCUGGUGACUCAUCAGAGAAGGAGCAGAAUGAACCUCCAAGCCCAGACUGGGCCCUUGAAUUUACCUCUUUGUAUCCAACAAAUGCAGGUUCUUCCCCAGCUAAAAACAGCAUAGCAAGGAAGUACAACUCUGGUGCAUGCAACAGUCCUGACAAAGUGCCUGUAACUACUUAUCAAUCAGAGACACAGCAAGCUCACACAAUCAACGAAACAAUUAGCAGGGAGGGGGAAUAUGAGACAUCAGGUAUUCCGACCAAAAGUGCCUCACUCGACAACACAGAAGAGGGAUCAACACCAGACACAGAAGAUUACUUCAGUAAAGAAUCUACACCAAGUGACAACUCGGUGUCCCCGCUGACUGAUGACGCGAAAGCUGAAGAUGACCCUGUUUUCUUGUCACCCAAUAAAGUACGCACAACCGAGGAUCUGUUUGCUAUGAUCCACAGAUCCAAGAGGAAAGUGCUUGGCAGAAAAGAUUCCGGAGAACUAAGCCUGAAGAACCGUGUAGGUGCUGCCUCGGGGAGUACCCCAGCGAGCUGUCCAGGUAACGUGGUGUCUCCUGGAAGCCCGGCUGGCCCACAGCGAGCAUCGGGGCCCAUAUAUCGGAGUGCCAAAAAGUCCAACACCUCCAGCGAAGAGUUCAAGCUGCUGCUCCUGAAGAAAGGCAGCCGUUCGGACUCCAGCUAUCGCAUGUCAGCGGCAGAGAUCCUGAAGAGCCCCGUCACGCCCAGGUUCUUGGGAGACCUCAGUGCCGACGCUGCACAGUCACCGGAGGAGCUCCCCACCCCCCAGCAGUCACCACUGGGGUCCGAGCAGCCCCCUGGUCUUUACCCCAUGAGCACCCCAGAGGGCUUCUCCCCAAAAACAUUUCCGGUGCCGGCCUCCUCUCGGCAAGGCCGCUCAAGGGUCCCGCCCGCCGCCAGCAGCAGCCGCUACAGUGUGCGAUGCCGGCUGUACACCGCGCCGAUGCAGGCCAUUUCCGAGGGAGAGACGGAAAAUUCGGAUGGCAGCCCUCACGAUGACCGCUCCUCACAAGGUUCCUCCUAAACAUGCGACCACCGACGGAAGAAAAGCAGAACAAAGAUACAGAUUAAAAAACAAUACAUCACUUGAUCCGGAUUAGCAUCAUGAUGUGUAUUUCAUAUGAAAGAUACCACAUCUUGUAUUGAGUCUGUAUGCGUUUUCAGUAAAUGGAAAAUGGUACGUGAAAAACGACUGAAACAAAAAAAAAAACCUAAAACAGAAAAGGGAAAAGGACAGCUUGUCUUCCUAUGAGCUGUAUUAAGGUGGAAAAAGUACAAAUAACAUUCGAGGAAGUCUGACUUAGGAAAAAAAAUACAUUUAUCACUUAAUUUUUUUUUUUUUUGCUUCUCCGUAAAUCUGUCAUGUUUUAACUAUCAGAGCACAUUAGAAAUCAAAAUCAUAUCAAACAUUUUUCAGUGACUUGUAUGCGCUGUGUAUUUUAGACAAUAUUCCAUGUCUUAAGGGUCCAGUGUAUAUGAACACAAAGGUGUGCGGUAGCAUAAAAAAAUUCAGGUCCAUCGUUAUGCAUCUAGACAAAACAAAAACAAACAUCGUCUGGGGAGUGAGUAUUCUGAAGCAGGUGUUCAUGGGACAAUCUUACCUGUUGCCUUUCUACACAAGGAGGUUCUAGUAUAAGUGAUAUUAUGAAGACCUACACACUUAGUAUCAUCACUGAAGACCAAGGUACCUCCAUUACAAAAGGCUCCUUAACAUCUGUUUUGUACUUGAGCAGAGACAGCCAUCAUCAUCCCCAAAGUUACCACUAGGUGAGAUAAAUUUAUAUAGAUGUAUGAAGAUUAAUACUCCCAUCCAUCCAUAAAUUACUGCAUUUCCAGAAACUGCAUAUACAUGACACACACACACAAACAUAUAUAUUAACUGACAUGAGCAGAACUGCUUUCAUGAGUAUAUGUGACACAGCCUGUCAUUGCUUGACUAGGGGCUGCCGUCUCACUGCUAAUCACUUGGCCUAUUUACUGUUAAUGUUUGUAACCUAAGGUGCAUCACAGCUGAGUAUUAAAAAAAAAUCGUACGGCUUUCCAUUUUUUCAGGUACAUUUUACAGUAGAAUUUACAUUCUCCUGACAAUAUUGCAAAUUUAUUUUAACGAUUAAGCAAUAUGAAUGCUUGGGAGGAAUCACAGAAAAAAAUAAAAUACAAAAUCCCUGGUGUAUUCUGUGAAUACCGUAGGAAUUAGACUCUCCUCUUUAACACCUGGGAGGUGCUCACUUUCAGGGGAACGGUUUUCAGAAAACGGUAAACAUUCAGAGAACACAAACUCAUUUGUGAAACUAACACAGCUGGCAUGGGAGGAAAGUUGAGGAGCCAGCUGGAUUUCACACUAGUGGCGUGCAGUGACCCAGACAGGGGGAAAAGUGCUCCAUUUUGUUUUUUAAAAGAGCCUUUUCGUCAGUGGCGUGCAAUACAAAGACAACACUGUGGGUGUUGAGGCAUGAGGCAACGCAAUCAUAUCUCCUUUUCAUAUGACUUGAAUUUCUAAUCCUGGUGUCUUUCAAUAAUUGUACAACAUUUUUAAUACUAACCAUAUUUUUCCAAUUUCUAAAUUACCUGGAAAAAAAAUCUUUUUUUAAUACUUGAUGAAAGGGGGGAAAGGGGUUUUCAAAAUUAGGUGUAGCGUAGAAUUGCAGAAGUGAUGGUCAUUGUAGGUGAAGUUGAAAGAAGAGUGAAUGAUAUACAAGAUUAUUGCUAAGCUACAUUUAAGCUGAUUUUUAAGAGGGGAAAUAUGACAAAGUGCAGCAAAGGGAAGCGAGAGCAGUUCUUACAUCAGCAUUAGCUCGAUGCAUCUCUGCUCUCCACAUCUCCACAGUAACAUCAUCCUUCAGGACUCUAGCUCAGCAGAAAUAUGAGUACAGUGUCUGAUACACUGCUUUUGAUAUGACUCAUGGCACCCACUGUCGGACUGCAACGUGAGUUACAUUUGUCUUGGCUGUGUGUACAUGUUUGUUUUUCACACAUGGCUGUAGUUUUGAGGUUCAAAAAGUAUAAAAAUUCAGCAUUUCCUAGAGAAAGGAAGAGCACAACUUUAAGUAUGGGAGUAUCGGUUAAUUGAACAGGUGCUGUUUAUUGAAAAUACCUGUUUUUUUUUUUUCAGUUGAAACGUUGCAUGUAAUGUUUUUACAUGGAACAAGUUCCAUUUUUUAGUUUUAUUAAAAUAGAAAAUUAUACAUAAGACUCCUCUAUCCCUCUGUUUGAUUUUGUGUUCAGAAUGCAUUGAGCUGUUUCAUACAUCUGACUAAAAUAUUUAGAUGUAGCAACAACUAUAACAAUUAGGAUAUGAGAUCAGAAAAUUAGAGACUUUAAUGAGUAUUUAACCAGACUUAUAUUGUUUAUAAAGAUAUUCUGGAAAUAUAUAUUAUACAGAUUUAUAAGCAGGCACUGUUUGAAUAAAUAAAUACUGGCUUGCCAAUUGGAUUUACGUGAAACCAGUUAAUAUGGUGUUAUCUGUACUCUCUUUAUAUAAACCACCACAAUAAAAAUAAUCAUUAUGAUUUAAAAUAAUAAGUGAGCUGUUAACAUUGUCGGUGCUCUAAAGUUCAAAUAUGUGACUGCAGCCACAUGUCAGCUUGCCACUGAUUGGCUGAUGUAACAGGUCUGACCUCAUCAGAGCACAAAGAUCCAACUGUUAUUACCAUGCUACCUUUAGAAGUACCCAUUUGUAUACACCAAUGCACUAGUGAACUUAUGAAAUGCAUAGUUUCGGUGUAAUCAUAGUAAAUAUCAUUUAAGUCCUGUAGAUCAUUAAUAUGUCUGUUUGACCCCCACACAUACAAAUACAUUGUAAGAGGCCAGAAAUAUAUGGCUGGUUGUAUCAGUUUACCACCCAUAGCUUCACCCCACUUUAGUGAGUCAAUCAAAAAGUAAUAAUGAACAAAUAAAUAAAUAAAUAGAUAGAUAAAUAAUCACAUUGUAUCACUGAGGUCUUCAGGUCCUUUGGGACAUGGAACUGGAAUCUUAACAUGGCAACAAUUCUGUAAACUGUCAUUCCAGGACUGAAUCUACACUAUUGCACUGAAAAGAAUGGAAUUUCUGAUGCUUUCUCCUCUUGCGGUAUCUAACCUAUUUAUACCUGAGACUGUUUGAGUGUCCAUUUACAGUGGUUCAUACAUGGGGAAGCUUGGGCAAGGGUCUGCACUUUUGCCAUAUGUUUGAGCUGUGUUUUGGUCUAACACGUUUUAGGGAAUAAUUUUGUGUCGUUCGGAUAAUAAGCAAAAAAUAAAUAAAUAAUAAAAAGACUAACAGCUAGGGAUGGUUACUGAAAGGGAUGGUUAUAGCAUGUGGGUCUAGUCAAUCCGAAAGCCACAAGUUAACGGAUUUGCAUCAGUUUUUUGUAUUUUUGUACAAAUUUGUAAAUAUGACCUUUUUAAAAAUCAUUGCAAAAAUGUUCUUUUGUAAAAUGUUUUCAAAGUUUACAUUUAUUCCAAGCCUUUGUAUAUUUUUGAGCUGUGCAACACUUUAAGUCUUGUAUUUAUUUUUUAGUAAACAUUGUGAAAAUUUCAUUGUAAAAUUUACUCUAAUCCGUCUGCCAGAACUUUUCCAACUGUGCAUAGAAAGGGACAAUAAAUGUUACUGCGUUGAAAAUCUGAA